AUAUGGGGUCAUGCGGGUCCCAUCCGAGGUCAGGAAAGGCUGAGGUAUGCUACGGAGAACUUGGUUGUUUUACUAACGAGGCUCCCUUCAACAACACUCUUGAUCGAUUACCUAAACGUUUCGAAGUCCGAUUCAAAUUGUUUACGGAAAAGUGUAAAACAUCCUACGAAUUAAACACGUCGACCGUGCCUUUCAUAUCUCAUCCACUUCACUGUAGCUUCGAUCCUGCACUCCCUCUCAAAUUUAUAGUGCACGGUUUCCGGGAGUCUGGGGAAGAUCAAUGGGUCCGGGAUGUGGCAGCCGCAAUUAGGAAGGAAUCAAUGUCAGUGGUCACGGUUGACUGGAAGCAAGGAUCAGGUAUCCCCUACAAUCAGGCAGUUGCUAACACGCGUCUGGUUGGAGCAAAGAUAUCCAACAUGAUCAAAGACCUGCGUGCCAAGUACGGUGUGUCUCCGAAGAAAGUACAUAUCAUCGGCUUCAGUUUGGGAGCCCAUAUAGCCGGCUACGAUGGAAGAAACCUUACAGACAAGAUCGGCAGAAUUACAGAGUUAGACCCCGCUGAGCCGGCAUACAAAGAUACAGAUCCAUUAGUUCACCUUGACAAGUCUGAUGCCUAAUUCGUUGACAUCAUACAUACCGAUGGCUUCGAGGAUUCUUCUGGUUUCGGCUGGAUGAAAGAUACUGGUCACAUUGAUUUCUAUCCUAAUGGAGGGAAGAAUCAACCUGGCUGCUCGGAUAGUUCUAUGUUUUCAUUGACAGGUACGUCAAAGUUUUGUAUCGAUAGUUUUGAUGUGUCCUCCUGAAUGAAGCCAUCACCUAUUACACGUGAAUUAACUCUAAAAAUAAAUGUUACCUGAAUACAAUUCUGUUAACAAAACUCAAAGUAUGUCUACAAAUUUACCAGACAAAAUUGAACGAAAGAAAUAUAUGUAAAUCUUCGCGCGUCUUAUGAACAAACUAUACACAGCUAAACACUAUCCCUUGGUAAAAAUGUAAAAAAUGCAAUUGAGAUAAAAGCUUUUGAUGAAAAUUAGUUAAUAAGAUAUAUUGUCAUGACAGCAGUACCACAAGCAAUUUUAAUGUGCAUUUACUGUAGAAUACUAAUACAUGUAUAUAUAUUAUUAGCUAUUAAACUCACCUGAACAUCUUGCAAAAGUCAACUUUUACUUUAAUAUCUUCUCUUCUGACACUUAGUCAGAAUUACGCCAAACUUGGUCUGUAGCAUCCUUUCUUCCGCAGAUUUCUUCAAAUGGUUCUGCUUGAUUGAUUUUAGGGACCGCCAAUUCUAGAUAUAGGAAAACCUUUAAACGACUUUUUCUCACGCACUUCUUGAUGAGUCACCACCAAACUUGGUAUCUAGCAUCCUUAUAAGGUCCUCUCUGAGAUUUGUUCAAGUUGUUCUACUUCUCACGAAGCGACUGAUCAUCACCAAACACAGUCUGUAGCAUCCUUGUGAGGUCCUCUCUCAGAUUUUUCAAAUGGAACCAGUUGAUUGAUUUUAAAUGCCGCCAGUGUUAAAAAUAUAAAAAAGAAAACAAGUUUAAACGAUUUCUUUUCAUGAAGAAAAUUGCAGGAUCAUCACCAAACUUUGUCUGCAUCCUAAUAUGUUUAUUUCUCUCUUAAAUUUGUUCAAAUGGUUUUGCUUGACUGAUUUUAGGGCCAUCUGAGCUAAAUAUGGAAUCAAAACCGUAAUACUAUUUCUGUUCUUGAACCACGCCUGCUUAGCUCAGUAGGGAGAAAGUUGGUCUACGGAUCGCGGAGUCGCGAGUUCGAUCCUCGGGCGGGGCGUAUGUUCUCCGUGACGAUUUGAUAAAAGACAUUGUGUCUGAAAUCAUCUAUAUGUGGGGAAGUUGCGGAGAACAGGUUUAUACUGGUACAGAAUCCAGGAACACUGGUUAUGUGAACUGCCCGUCGUUACAUGACUGAAAUACUGUUGAAAAACGGCGUUAAACAAACAAACAAACAAACAAACUUGAUUUAUUAUACUAAACUGUAGCAUUGUCUUGUAAGCUUCUCUCUCAGUUGCGUUGAAAUGGUUCCAUUCGACUGAUUUAAGGGACCAACAGCAGAAACAAGAAAUAUCUUUAAAAAUGAUGGUCGGCGAAUUGUAAUAAGGAAAGCAAUUUAAAAACUAAACACCGCACUUUAACAAUUUGAAUGGUUCUCUUUUAAUUUUUCGCAAAAGUUUCGUAGGGUUGCAAUUUUGUUUCGUUUAUCCUUAGACGAAUAAUUACAGCAGUAGUUUGAUGAAGAUUCAUGAAGCGGUUCAUGAGAAGAGGUCAUU